AUGGUAAACCAUAACCCAAACACAAUUAACGCCCCCUUCCCCCGCACACUCACAACAACAAAUGCCAACCGCCGCACCACAACUACAGCGCGGAGCAUGGGCCCGCCGCCGCCGCAGGGACGGAAUAUCAACGAGAGGUUUGACAGGAUGGUCUAUACGAGUCCUUUACCAAGAAGUAUAAGCCGCGAAUACAACAACCUCCGUGCAUCCACUGCGGCAGCUUCAACUACAAUCACAGCCACAGCUACAACUAUAACAGCAACAGCAAGUAUACCCUCCUCGCUGCGCAAUGAGACGACAUCCUCCCUCACGCCUAAGAAGACCACGCCGAAGCCUCCUCCACCACCACCACCGCAGCAACAGACCGCAAGAGGUAUCACCCCGCGCUCCCGCCCUGCAAGAGGCUCGCGCACGCCCGUGACAGCCACGCCUGUAACAACAGACUCAGAAGACCCGUUGUCGGCGCCAGGCGCUUCAACGAUUGUGUCGCCUGCGCCGCCGAAGCGUCAGCUUGUGUAUACAGACGUUAACAUAGACGUGGGGAGUCGGGGAGGGUCUACGGAGGAGGGACAGGGACAGGAGCAGCCGCCGAAGAAACGCGCAAGGUCAGAUAGCCGCACGCCGAUGGGGCCAUCGAAGGUGCGGAAGACAACUACGGCGACGCCCCUAGGGGACGCGAGUGCGGGGAGGACCAUGCGCUCCUCGGGGAGGAAGGAUGUGCAGAGUGGAGUGAAGACUGUGGAGGAGAAGACGCCGGUGCAGAGGAGGGGUGGGGGCGCGAGGAGGACGACGGAGUUGGUGGUUGCGCCGGCAAGUCCUGCACGUGUCGCACCGGCUACCCCGAACGUUUCGGAGCCAGAACCGCAGCUGGAAGAGCCAGAACCUCAAUUGGAAGAGCCAGAACCUCAAUUGGAAGAAUCGGAACCGGAACCGGAACCAGUCCCAGUCCCAGUACUACCUAUGAAAACCAACACCGCAGCAACACCAGCACCUAAAUCUGCAAAGAACAAGAUCUCAAAGGCUAUCCUCCCAGGAUUCGCCAUCCCCCCAGGCAUGCUCGAUCAGACCGGCUCUCUCUGGGACCACGGCCGUCGCAUUUCACGCCGAAACACCAUCGCUUCCGCUGCCCCCGGCUUCAGCCUACAAUCAGCCGCACCCGUCACUACCACCAAGAAGACAAAGAAGACAACCCGCAAAUCACUUCCCAGCCAUGCGCCGAAAUACAACACGGCCCGCCCAUACAGAGCCGGAAAAGUACCUAGUAGACGUAGUACGGCGGCGAGUGACUCGGACGCACCGGUACCACCUGGCAGCAUCGGCGGCAGUGGGAAUGGCAGGAAGAGGAGGGUGGAUGUGUUGGGUGCUUCGACGGAUGGUGGGGAGGAGCUUGAAAAAGUGGAGGAUGUGGUGAAGCCGAAGAGGGCGACGUCCACAUGGAAGUUGGAGCAGAUGAGGAAGGCUCGGGAGCUCCGCACGGCAAGCAAAGGAAGUAGUGAGGCAGAGAUGGAGGAAGGAAAGAUGGAUAGGUUGCUGAGUGCGGGGAUUGAGGACCGGGCUGUGGAGGAGACGCCGGGCGAGAAGCCGUUGAUGGGGGAGAUACCGGAGGUCUUGGGGAAGGCGGUGAAGGGUAAAGGUGUCAAUAAGAUACCCGGGAAGGUACCUGGGAAGACACCUGGAAAGGCACCUGGAAAGACGCCUGGAAAGACGCCCGGGAAGAAGGCAAAAGCUAAGGGGGUUGAGGAGACACCGGCGCCGAAGUCGACAGGGAAGAAGACGCCGGUGGGGAGGCGCUUGACGAGGGGGUCGGCAGUGAAGAGACCGGUGAAUCCGGAGUUUGAGUUUUCGGAUGAGGACUAG